GGAUGAUACACUCCCGAGAUACGACAUCAGGAACUGAUAUUAAUUCAAAUAUCCCGAAAUCCAGAGAACAUUAGAGUCUAGAAGUAAUGUCCACCUUGUACUAAGUAGUAGCCAUUGCCAUUCAGAACGGACAACUUGGGCUUGAGUGACUAUCUCCUUGGGAGGUAGGUACAUAAUCUAACGAUGCGGGGUCCCAUAGUGCUGUUCACUUAUCUGCUUAACAUCUGGACUGGUUGCGCCAUUGUACGAGCGCAUGUUGGAACGGCUCCCGGGAAAAUACCACGGGUCCAGGCACUACCUUCUCUACGGGAACAAGCGAAACUGCUGGACGGAUGGACUGAAGAGCGUAAGGCUCUUAUCCCGGGGCUACUACGCAAAUAUGGCGUUGAUGCUUGGCUGAUGAGCCAACGCGAAUAUGCCGAGGAUACUGUGUUUUGGGCUCUCAAAGAAGCCACGCAGUUCUCUGCUAGGCGACGGACUACACAUCUCUUCCUGGCUGAUCCAGUCGGUGGGGCGCCAUCUAGCUAUUCAUGGAUUGAGAAUACGGAAGCCGUAUGGACAGAGCUACGGCAGAUUCUGGCAACGCAACAGCCACGCUCCAUUGCGUUGAACACACAUUCGGAAAUCGCAUUUUCGGGAGGUUUGCAUGCUGGUGAACUCGACGCCAUUAUGAAAGGCGUAGGAGAGGAGUGGAAAGACCGCUUUGUGUUAGAACCUAUGCUUGGGGUCGAACUAGUCGCGACGAUGGUUGAGAGUAGACUCCCAUGGUAUCAAAAGAUGAUGGAAACAGCCUGGGCUAUCAUAGAAGAGGGGUUUAGUGAGAAGACCAUCGUGCCUGGGAAGUCCACAAGCUGGGAUAUUGAAUGGUGGAUGCGAGAAAAGAUACAAUCCUUGAAUUACACCACCUGGUUCCAGCCCAGUGUUUUCAUUUUGACGGGAAAAGGAUUCCCUGCUGCAGACGACCUUUCCGCCUCGAUGGACGACCCUCGGGCGCCCGAUCGCCCUAUCGAGUACGGAGAUUUAAUUCACACAGAUUUUGGCGUAUCCGCCCUUGGUUUAAACACCGAUACUCAGCACAUAAGCUACGUUCUGUACCCUGGAGAAACCGAGGCAGAUGUACCUAAGGGUAUGAUUGAAGGGUUGAAGAAGGUUAACCGUUUACAAGAUAUCGUGAAGAAUAACAUGAAAAUCGGGAUGACGGGUAACGAGAUCUUAAAGGCGUCACGAGAGCAGAUGCGCAGUGAAGGUAUACAAGGCAAGAUAUAUUGUCACGCUACGGGGGAAUGGGGCCAUUCGGCAGGGACGGUAAUUGGUAUGACGAAUCUUCAGGAUCAAGUCCCAGUUCUCGGGGAUCUUCCCUUAUUGAAGAACACAUAUUAUAGCAUAGAACUUUUCGCGGAACAUUUCGUCCCUGAAAGGAAUCGGACUAUUGUCUUCCCUCAGGAAGAGGAUGUGUACUGGGACGACGCAACUAACAGCUGGCAAUGGGUCUACGGGAGACAGGAGGAACUUUUAUUGAUAAGAACACCUGCGGUAGAUGGCGUGGAAGCACUAACGGAACUGUGAAGGAGAACGAAGGUCGCUAUGUACCUAAGAUAUGCUUUACGUAUAUUCUCUCCUUACUGUGGGGGUAAGAGUAAAUUGUAGAAACACAGCACCUAUUGCUGACGGCUUGUAUGACAAUGAACUGCAUAUCUUGUAGUAGUAAAUUGUUACACAAGAGCUAAUCGUGAAGAAUAUCGAAUUUUAUAGGAUGUAUGUCCUCAAGUGCGAGGGAGACACGGUGGGUCAACCCUUUAAAAUCCGAGCAACUUGAUUGAUCCAAAACAGCUAUCAUGAAUUCUGAUUGAACAUACCCUAGUAUAGGGUACCCACCGUGUCUCUCUCGCACUUGAGGACA